AUGAACGCGGUUACAGGAGCAACCAGAGCUGCGGCGCAAGCUAGCCGCGUUGCCAUAGUGACCGGCUCCGCACAGGGAAUCGGCCGCGCCAUCGCUCUCCGCAUCGCCCAUGACGGCUACAACGUCUGCGUCAACGACGUCGCCGGAAACGAGGCCGCCGCCCACGCCGUUGCCGACGAGAUCCGCCGUCUCGGCCGCCGGUCCGUCGUCGCCACCGCCGAUGUCAGGAACCUCAGCGAGGUCCGCGGCAUGGUCCAGAAGGCCGUCGACGAGCUGGGCUCCUUGAAUACCAUGAUUGCCAACGCCGGCAUCGCCCAGGUCAAGCCCCUAUUAGAAAUCACCGAGGAUGACUUUGAAAACAUGUUCCGCGUAAACGUCUUUGGUGUCCAACACUGCUAUCAGACCGCCGCGAAGCAGAUGAUUGAGCAGGGCAACUGUAGCCCCGAUCAUCCGGGGAAGAUCAUUGGCUGCUCUUCUAUCGUCGGCUUUCGGCCCUUCGCCCUGCUCUCGCACUACUCGGCCUCCAAGUGGGCCGUCCGCGGCCUGACUCAGGCGAGCGCCAUGGAGUACGCCGAGCACAACAUCACCGUCAACGCCUACGCUCCCGGCAUCGUCGGCACCGCCAUGUGGGACCUUAUCGACGAGAAGAUGGGCGAGCGGACGGGCGCCGAGAGGGGCGAGACCUUUAAGAAAUCACGCGACCUCAUUGCCCAGAAGCGGACGAGCGUGCCCGAAGACGUGGCCAAGCUCGUGAGCUUCCUGGCGGGGCCGGACAGCGACCACGUCACCGGCCAGACGCAGGUUGUGGACGGCGGCAUUGUUUUCACGUAG